AUGUGCUCUUGGGAGGCAUGGUGGUAUAAUGACCAUGGUCUGGAUCAGCAAGAGGUUGAACUUGUGGAGAAAGUGUAUUUCUACCACCAGCCUGACGAUGUUGGUGAUGUAGAAGGUCUAUGUACGUUUUCCACCAUCACAGAAGAAAGCAAGAUGCCAAAACAAAAGCAGAAACAAAAAACUGCAGACAUUGGCUUUCACUAUGGAAGGACCGAUCUGGAACGUAUUGGUUUAUUUGCAGAAAUGAGUUAUCUCCAUGGAAUGGGCUAUACUCGGCCUUAUGUCAAUGUUUUCAAUGAAGAAAGUAUCAAAGGGCGUCAGAUGAUUCCUGGUUUUCCACAGUCAAAAUGUGCAAGAGAUGAUGGUUACUUCAUUCCUUUCAGACGAAUCUUUCAGAAAGAAGCCUAUUUCAAUAAGAGUAGAGCAGCAUAUCUGGAACGACUUGCAGCAACUGCAAAGAACAUCGCACCAAGAACAUUUGUACAGCCAUCUCCAACAAAAAGACAAACUGGAUCUGGAGAUUAUUAUGGUUGUUUUGAGAAAAUUACAGCUUUCAGCCCAUUAAAACGAGCACAGCCUCCAAGAGUGAAGGAGCCAAAGAAUAUGCUUUCGAAGCCUCCAAAGAAGGGUGGACCAGGUUAUCCCGAUAUUACAUUUUCCCCAUAUCCAGAAUACAUAGAGAGCCUUUAUCGUGGAGAACUUCAGGACUACAGGAAUAAAUACAUACAACAUAUGUUAGUCAAUAAAAGACCUGCUUUCCUGUCAGCAAUUCAUCGAACUCAAUAUUUUGAUCCAAACCCAUAUUUUGUUCCUGAAGAGGAUGUUGGUCCUACGUAUGCUGAACCAGUAGGAAAAAUAGUCAAAGGUUUUGGAAGUGGUGUUUUUAUUCCCUCUUCACCUGGCAAAAAGGUCACAUUUGCUGUCUUUUCAUCUCCAGAAGUUUGGAUGGAAUAUGAUGUGUGGAGGAACUGGUUGACAUAUAACUGGUUGAAUUUGAUGAAUAUUGGUAUCAUACUCAUGGAUGGUGGUUGCAAAGCUGGUACCUUUGGCAAAUAUCCUGCUCAUUCAGAGGAUAAGUAUUUCCCUCCAAUAGAGUCUGUACCAAGAACGAUGUCUUCAAAUGUAUUUUAUCCACAAAUGAACAUCAGGAGCAUGCAGACGAGAUCUAUUGUCAAUUAUAAUGUAGACUUUGGUGUAAAUGCUGAGAACUGGAGGAAGUGUGGCCUUAUUGUGUACACACAAUAA